CUUCAAAGACACCAUACAAUAAGAUCAAGAUGGCGACUCCACCAAGAUCUUCCGUCGGAGAGCGGCAAGAAAGGCCCAUAUCCACUGGUAGAGUUCAGUUACCGCGUCGGUCAACUAGAGGCCCAGUAGAUCUAUCUCAGGCACCCGUCUCCGGUCCCCUUGGCUCCUCCUCACCCACCCUCUCCAACUCCCAAACCCUCUCACCCACCCCCUCCCAACGCUCACCGAACCCCUCCUCGCGGCCGACAUCCUCCCCCGCCUUCCAUGCAAAAGACUUCUCCCGCCUCCUCCGCCCCGAACUCUACCACCCCCUUCCCACAACCGACAUCCCGGCGCCCUUGCGCCCCUCUUCCCCUCCUCCACAGGACCUCCCUACCCUCCUCUCCACCUCCCGCUUCCGCGCUGCUGCCGUCCUCGCCGCGAACCUCCUCACUACCGCCACAGCCCCAACUGACCACCCCACCAUCUUCGCCCUCCUCUACGUCCGCCUCGCCUCCCUGACCCUCUGCAACGCCACCGCUCUCGCGGCGCAGGAGGUAAAGGCCCUCGAAGAUCUCAACUCAGCGCUAUACCUCGACCCACUUACCUCCGCGCACCUCGUCCCCUGGGAACUCCGCGUCCUCGCUGUGCGCCUCCAGGGCAUCGGAUUCAACGACCCCCGCCGCGGAGUAGUAGGGUAUUUCGAGCUAGCGCGCGAUGCGCGGCGCGCGCUUGCCGCGCUACGGAAAGCCGUCUCUGAAGACCCUGAGAGCGAAGACUCGACGCUGGUAGAGCGGCAGAUGUGGGAGGAGCGACUUGUUGAUCUCGGUGUGCGAGUUGCGGGUGCCUUGGUGGAGAUGGAGGAUUUAGAGGGUGCGGCGAUGCAUUUGAGGACGUUGGGGGAGGGGGGGGAUAGGAUGGUUGGAGCGAGGAGGGCGUUGUUGUGGUUGAGGCUGGGGGAUGUGGAGGCGGCGAGGGGGUGCAUGGGGGGGAGGGAGGAGGCGGAUGGGGUGGUGCUUGCGUUGGGGGAGAUGGCGGAUGGGAAGUAUGAGGAUGCGGCGACGAUUUGGGAACAGCUUGCGGAGAGGGAUGGGGGGAAUGAGAUGUAUGCGCAGAAUUUGGCUGUGUGUAUGUUGUACUCGGGGCAGAUCGAUGAGGCAAAGGACAUGCUUGAGAAUCUGCUAGACAAGGGGAAGAGCUUCCAUGCGCUCACUUUUAACCUGAGCACGAUUUAUGAACUAUGCACCGAUCGCUCGAGGCAGUUGAAGUUGCAGCUUGUGGAGAAAGUGGCGGCUAUGCCAGAGGCUGACAGGGCUGGAUGGGAGAAAACCAAUGCCGAUUUCAAGUUGUAGACAAAAGUCAAUGAUAGCUUUUAUUUGACGUCUUGACGUCUAUUUUUAUUUUCCGGUGACGUAGAACGUAUGGCUACAAUAAAGGCCUGG